UUCCUUUUACUCUUUGCUUCUUCCCCUUGCCCCAUCCCAGUGUGUCUUCUCCCCCUUGACCGUGGGAUUUGCCCGUGUUUCCGCUGCAGCAAUGGAGAUGGAAACAUCCCAGAAUCCACUUGCAUUGUGAAAGGCGUCUAUUAAACCCGCAGGGUGGACUGUAUGUAGAUGGUUCCGCGUGUAGUUGGCGGUAUGACUGGGCGUGAUGUGUACUCGAUCCUUCCUCUUCCUGCAGCGUUGCAGUGACGGGCUGUGCAAGAGGUCAGAGGGAAGGAGUGUUCUGCUAAAGUGCAGAGACGCUUGAAAGAUCAGUUGGUGUUUUGCAGCGACCUGAUGCCCUAUUUGCACGCUGGACUCCGAGCAGUGUGGAGAGGGCUCUCCCCUGCUCGCCACACCACCCUGGCCGCUUUGCGUGACCUUCGGGGCAGUGCCCUUGUUCUGAGGUCCCUGUCGACCGAUAUCUACGAGAACCUGGGGCUUGAGGACUGGCUGCACGAGUACGUGGAGCCCCGGGACCGCCAGGUGCUCCUGCUCUGGAGGAAUUGCCCAGCCGUAGUCAUCGGCCGCCACCAGAACCCCUGGCAAGAGUGCAACUUGAAACUCAUGAGGGACAAGGGCGUCCAGCUAAGCCGCAGGAGGAGCGGGGGAGGCACUGUCUACCACGACCUGGGCAACAUCAACGUGACCUUCUUCACCUCCAAGAAGAGCUACGACAGGCGUGGCAACCUGGAACUGAUCAUCUCAGCCCUGAACAGUAUCCGACCUCAGCUGGACAUCAUGGCCACAGAUAGGCUGGAUCUGCUCCUCAACCGGACCUUCAAGAUCUCUGGCUCAGCCUCCAAGAUCGGAAGGACUACUGCUUACCACCACUGCACAUUGCUUUGUAAUUCAGACAGCUCUCUAUUGUCAUCUGUGCUCUGCACUCCCUAUCAGGGUCUGAAGAGCAACGCUACCCCCAGCACACCUGCCAGUGUAAAAAACUUGUGGGAAGAAGACCCCACUCUAACUUGUGAUAUCUUGAUGGAUGCCAUUGCAGCAGAGUAUUCAAGGCGUCAUGAUCUCCAAGGACAAAUCUUGCUUGUAGAUCCCAAAGACGUUUCAGUGCUACCAGGAGUUGACAGAUUUACACAAGAGCUCAAAAGCUGGGACUGGAUAUAUGGAAAAACACCCAAGUUUAGUGUCAGUCGUACUUUCUCUGUGGACUAUAACUUAACCAGGGCAGAAAUUAAAUUGAAUAUGAACAUCAAUCGUGGCACAAUUGAAGGCUGUAACAUUGAAGUCUUAUCUGACUGGCUACCAUCUGAAAUGUGUGACCAACUGGCCACAGACCUCAUCGGCAGCAGGUUUAGUCCCAUUGAAACAAUGGUUUUGGCAAAUGCUUACUUAAGAGUUUGCCCCCAGGAUAGAAUACUCCAUAAUAAAUGGAAUGUACUUUGUGAGCAAGUUAUGGCAAUCAUGUAAUGUUUAGUCCAGAGAAGACUGUCUCUGUACACCUGGAUAAACUUGAAUUUAACACUGCUAAAUCUGCAAGCUGUUAGCUUGAAUAAGCGAGUUCGGUAUUCCGACUGAGCAUGCCAGGUCAUAGGUCACUCGAGAUAAACAUUCUCGCAGCUGAGCUGCUGCGUGUAUACAGACCUGCGUAUCAUCCGUAGUCAGGAUCGAACAGGGUCUCCGGUGCUGCAAGCGCAGUUGAAUUGCUAUUGAAGUUAGCGACACUAUUUCUACCUUCACUGGUCCAUGCAGAAAUCUCAACAGUGACAAUCUAAUGAAUCACGGUCCGGUCCCCCUCAGCCUGGGUGUAUGGGCUCCAUUCUCACUCGGUCUGCCCUCCCGGGUUUUACAGGGUUAUUAUACAGGGGCAAACCACACAUCCCUCUCCUGCAUAACCCCAGGCGGCAGAUUUGUGAGCUGAGUCUCACUACCGUCCCCUCCCGAGUGUCCCAUCCCUGUCUAGGGUCAGCCGGAGAUGUCCGGAGUGACCCUGGACUGCCGAACACCGGCCCGGAGCAGUGGCGGCCAGCAUGGAGAAGAAGCGCUAACCCCAGCUCAACUCUACUCCAAUUCCUGAGGAACCUGUUCCCCGACGGGCUGGGGACUGUCAGCUGCACCUCUCGCCUUAUCCGGUGGCUAUGGGUUAACCCCCUCGGUGCCGGCGAAAGCCGAGCACCAGUCAUCAACGGGGAUACACACAAAAUGAUGCAGUAACUCAACGGAUCAGGCAACAUCUCUGGAGAAGGGUCUCGACCCGA